UUUCCACUCGGCACUCGGUAACGAUAACACCAUAGUCAAGAUUUUAGUUGUGUUAUUUGUGAGCAUUAGGAUGAAAGUUAAGUCACUCGCGAAUUGUAAAAUUGUAUCAACUAUGUUGUACAUAAUUUGAACUCUCUGUUUUAAGUUGUAAUAACGGUAGACAAAGCACAAUAGAUAAUCCUCUAGAUACAUCCAAUAGUUUAGUCAUGAUAACAUAUAAUAGCUGGACUAUUCAUUUUUACUUUCGUAAAUCUACAAGUUUAUGAUAUUAGAGUCAACCAAAAGAUAACAGUAAUUCAAGAUUAUCUAAUGGGGAAAACUAUAACCGACUUAUGCAAUGGAUUUGAAACAUUCAAGGUGUUGAUGACAACAGCACUAGAAAAUGGAACAAUUGCAUUUGACCGCUGGUCGGAUCAAAUGCAUCAAUUGGUACUGGAAACAUGGAAUUCCAGAUCUAUACAAAAUAUACAUGAAGGUAUACACUUAGGGUGGGAACAGUUCAUAGAAGCAUGGUUACAAACCAAGUGUUCACUUCAACAAUACGACUUUAGUGUUGUUGUUGAUGCCCUACAAUCAAAAAUAAUCUACUUAACAGGCAAUAGUUUCAAUCGAAGUCAUGUUUAUAUUGGUUUUGCCGGUUUGUUCGUUGGCAGUGGAGUUGGAUUUUUGAUUGGUAUAAAUAUAAAGCCAUCUGCCAUCACAGUAACACAUAUGAAAGCAGCAUCAGCAACCAGUUAUAAUGGAACUGAAAGCAUCACAUUAUUAGAAGAUGUUGUGACGCCAAAAAUCACUGAAUCUAAUCAAGUUAUGAUAAUGGUCAGAGCCGCUGCAUUAGACCCAAUGGAUGUUUUAGUGGCAUCUGGUUAUGGAUCAUUUAUAAGAAAAUUUUUAAUUAAACAUACAUUACACAAAUCAAUGCACAGAGAAUUUCCAAUUGUAUUAGGCAGAGAUUGUUCGGGAGUUGUUAUUGACUUAGGAUCAGAAGUGCGACGUGACAUAAACAUUAAUGAUGAAGUUUGGGUAUCACUGCCACCAUGGUCCCCUUGUGGCACAUUAUGUGAAACCAUAGUUGUACCCGACAAAUAUGUUGGACAUAAGCCACGUUCAUUAACUCAUGAACAAGCAGCAACGCUUCCAUACUCAGGGUCGUUGGCAUGGUUGGCUGUAUUUCAAACAGCUAAUUUGAAUCCACUGACUGCUGUAGACAAAAAAAUAAUUAUAUACUGUGGAGAUACAGGAACAGGUUCAAUAAUUGUCCAACUAUGUUGUUAUUUAAAGGCAGAUGUUACUGUUGCUUGUCCAAGCCGAGUAUGUCAUUUUAUGAAAUACUUGGGUGCCACCACCACUUAUGAAACUGAAACUGUUAGUAUUGAUCAAUUACUUAGUACUGCACCCUGUGGGUAUGAUUAUGUAUUCAAUACAGCUGGUGAACUUAAAAAUAGUCUGUGCAAACAGUUAUGUAAUGUUUGUGGUAUAGUAGUCCCUAUUGGACCGCACCGCUUACCAUCAGAUUCAUUUGGUCUUGUUCGUGGAUUUUUCUAUAUUCAAUGGUUAAGGUUGGCUUAUAUGUUUCAAGGUAACAAAUGUUGGGAUCAUUAUGAAUUUAACUCUACGAUAUUAAACGAACUUUCCAGCAUGGCGAAUGAUUAUGUUCUCAGACCAGUGUUGGACAAAACUUUUAUGGAACAUGAAUUGGAACGUGCAUUUAAGCAUUUACAAAGCAGACAGACUAUUGGUAAAGUAGUUAUGAAAUUUAGUAAUUUAAAUUACCCCACAUUGAUGCCCAAAUCGUCAGGAAUUCUAUUUUAGCAAAUCUAUUUAAAUUAUGUCAGAGUUUUUUCAAAUAAUGUGUAUAAUUUUUGAAAGUUGAAUAUUUAUUAUUGUGUAUGUAAUAAAAUGAAAAACAAUUAUUGUAUUAUUUUACAUGCCUUUUAUAGUUUAAAUUAAUAUUUUUGAAUUUUAAA